AUGUUUUAGUAAAAUGCACUAAACUCUCAAAUUUGGAACUUGUUCUUAAUUACAAUUAUACUGAAGAUGAUGAAAGUAUAUAAGAAUUAGGUUCUGCUUUAUCUAAGCUCACUAAUCUCUAAUAUUUAAAACUUGGUCUUCGUGAAAAUAUAAUUAGAGCAAAAGGUGCAUCAGACUUAGGUUCUGCAUUAGUAAAGUGCUCUAAUCUCUUAUACUUAUUUCUUGAUCUUAGGUGGAAUUAAAUUGGUGAUGAAGGUGCAUUAGGCUUAAGUUCUGCUUUAGCAAAUAGUACUAAACUUUUAAUAUUAGAUCUUGAUAUCUAAUAUAAUGAAAUGGAUUCAGGAUACUACGAAUCAAUUAAAAAGUGUCGUAAAUCAAAAAGAUUAAUUCAUUUUUAUAUGA